GAGAGAAUGGAUGGAGAGUAAAGCGAUAGAGAUUGAAAAUGGGAUCAACAUCACCAAAAAGCUCUAAAGUCGUGGCAAAGCUCAACCUCAAACCUCAUCCAGAAGGAGGGUUUUAUUCUGAAACAUUCAGAGACACCACUGUUAACCUCUCUAAAUCUCAUCUCCCACCACAAUGUAACCCCUUCUCCCUCUUCUCUACUUUUUUCGUUACUCGCUUUCUCACUCUCUUCGUCUCAAAUUACUUCCCCGUAAUUGAGCAUGAAUUUCUCUAUUUCUUAGUGGAUUUCAUUUUGUAUGUCGAUAAGGUUGAUCGACCUGUCAGUACAGCCAUAUACUUCCUAUUGCCUUCUGGAAGUGUUUCUCACCUCCACCGCAUUCCCUGCGCAGAAGUCUGGCAUUUUUACUUGGGAGAACCCCUAACGGUGGUAGAACUCAAUGACAAUGAUGGGACUGUAAAAUUUACAUGCCUUGGACCCGAUCCACUUGCUGACAAUCAAGUAGUUCAGCACAUGGUGCCUCCAAAUGUCUGGUUCGGCGCAUUCCCUACACAGGAUAUCGACAUCUCAUCUGAUGGCGCUGUUAAACGAGCCACAAGGGAUCACGAAGCACACUUUUCUCUUGUGGGAUGCACCUGCGCGCCUGCAUUUCAGUUUGAUGAUUUUGAGCUGGCAAACCGCACUGAGCUUGUCUCUCGUUUCCCCAAGUACGAGUCCCUCAUCACUAUGCUCACCUUGGCUGAAUGAAUUGCCUUUACGUGUCACUGCAACAAAUGAUGUUUCACUGUAUGAUUUGAGGUGUUCACAUGAAUUUUUCUUUCAUGCUACGUUGAUCUGGUCUCUUAUUUUGUAUUUUGUACUAUGAUGAAUGGAUAUUUAUACAGCUUGUUGAUUAUGUACGAAUAAAGUUUUGCUCUGAUCA